AUGCUUCAGCAGCUGUUCGGCUCAAAGCCAGUUCAUUGUGCUGGUCCAGCUCCUGCAGCGGGAGCUCAUGGAGAAGUUCAUGACCUAAGCUACUAUCUCAAGUGUAUGGCUGGAGGAGUAUUUGCCUGUGGUCUCACACAUACUGCUGUUGUCCCAAUCGAUAUUGUCAAAUGCAGACUACAAGCAGAUCCAACCAAACUAAAAGGUAUGGGCGAUGCUUAUAGAGCACUCAAUGCAAGCGGUAAGUCCUGGAUGACUCUUGGCUGGCUUCCAACUUUCAUUGGAUACUCAUUCCAAGGUAUGGCCAAGUUUGGAUUCUAUGAGGUCUUUAAAGAUCUCUAUGGAGGAGUUACCGAAUCAUUAUUAGGAGCUGAUAAGGCUUAUUCAUUCAGAACCUUAACCUAUGCUCUUUCAUCUGCUUCAGCUGAGUUUUUCGCUGACAUCCUCUUAUGUCCAUUCGAAGCAGUAAAAGUUAGAAUCCAAACAAGCCCUGAAGGGACUUUCCCAACCACUUUUGGCCCAGCUUGGAACAAAGUUUCAGCAAAUGAAGGUAUAAACGGCUUCUACAAAGGGAUAACCCCACUUUGGUGCAGACAAAUCCCAUACACUAUCAUGAAAUUCGUGGUCUUUGAAAGAACAGUAGAAUUUAUUUUCAAAAAUAUUUUACAUGCAACUAGAGACGAUUACGGGAAAAAAUUCAACCUACAUCAUUUAGUCAAUUUUUUAAAUAAUUAAUUUUUUUUAAAAAAAUAAAAAAUAAAAAUGCAUUUUAGGAAUAAGGGAAGCUAGGAAUUACAUUCUUGUCAGGCUAUAUUGCUGGUGUUGUUUGCGCUUUAGUUAGUCACCCUGCAGACACUUUGUUUACUGCUUACAACAAGAAGCAAACCGAAGGUGCCUUCAUGGAGGAAAUUAAGAAGAUUUAUGCUGGUAUGCCAGCUGGAGGUCUGUGGAAAGGACUUAUUCCAAGAAUUAUUAUGAUUGGAACACUUACUGGCUUACAAUGGUGGCUGUAUGAUACUUGGAAGACAUGGUGGGGUCUCAAACCAACUGGAUCAACUGGACCUAAGAAAUAA